GUCAGACGUACAUCUGCGAUUUCCAUCGAGAGCAAGCGUGGGAGCGAUGGCUUUCAAAAAGCAGCAAUGGACUGCUCCCGUUAAAAAAUAUGAUUCUUGCAAAACUACGAUUAAUUGCCAGAGCGAGGACGGAGGCUGAUUACGAGGAAAAUGUUAAAAAUUUUAAGUCAUCAGAAGAAUGGAAGACAAACCCAAAACUGCGCAACUGGAUUGGCAAUACGUGGUUAUCCCAAUACAAGAAAUGGGUGUGGACCUUUCGAAAAGAUCGACUGCUAACAGUCAUAAACACAAAUAAUGGCGUGGAAAGGCAAAACAAAGCUUUCAAGCAUGAAUAUUUGGAUGGCUACAAGAGUUCAACGUUGAGCGUCAUGCUGACAGUGCUAAUUGAAGACUUUUUGCCCGACCUUUAUUUCAAAUACGUCGAAUUAAAUACGAAAUUGCAGAGCAAUUACAGGCAGUACAAUUAUGAUGUCCCGUCAUACCUUCACGAAAGACCACACUCUAUGAUUAGGCAUUGUAUGGAAAGACUUGCAUCGUCAGAAGAUACCCUUGCAUCACACAUCAUGGUUUUUGACGAAAUGCAUGGAAUUUUCAAAGUUCGUAGUCAAGACGGCAUAUGCAAGUUUUAUACAUUGUCGUUUGGAAGUGAUCCAGGUGAUUUUCCAAGCUGUGAUUGUUAUGACUGGGAAAGACACAGGUUGCCAUGUAAGCACUUCUUUGCGAUUUUCAAGAACUUUCCAUUUUGGUCAUUUGAUAAACUACUGAAGUCGUACACGGAAUCUCCAUUUUUAACAGUUGAUCGAAUAGGUUGCACGUCUGUAAUGGAAACAAAGACAUUUGAGGUAAGCCAAUGUCACUCCGAUGAUUCUUCACAAACCGUCGAAGCACCAGAGGAAAACGAAAUCCACGUAACUAAGGACAAGAACAUUUUCCCCACCAUUGUAGCUGAGCUAAAACGAAAGCCAUCUUCACAUAGAACAGAAGCCGCAAGGUGCAGAGAACGGUUGGGACAAAUAAAGAAUUUAACUUAUGUUGCUGAGGGAUGGGGAAAUGGCAAUGUUUUGCAUGAAGUAAAGGUCAAAUUGGAUGAAUGUUAUAAAAUACUGACUGAUGUUUCUCCAAAGGAAAAUGGUUUAGUGUUGGAAGUGCCAGAUACAAAGAAAUCUGCCCCAAAAUGUAGCGUCAAAAAUAGCAAGUGUUUAGUAAAUCCGUUUAAACCCAUCCCAAAACCGGCAAAGAAAAAUCCCUGGUCAGGUCGAAGUGGUGCAAAAGCAGCAACUUUAAAAAGAAGUUAUGCUUCAACAUUAACAGAAAUAGAAGGAAAGCUAGCAAAGAUUGGACGAAAUGAUUCAAAUAUUGUGACAGAUGAAAUAAACUCUUCCCAUUGCAGACCUAUUGAGCCCUUGAACAAAGAAUCAGGUGAUAAACUGGAAAAGAUCGUUCAGACCCCAAAGCGUGGAUUUUUUAAGCUUAGUGACAUUGACAUAAAUAUAAUCAUCACCAGAAAAGAGUUAACAGAUCACAUCAUUGGUGCUGCACAUAAUGUUUUGCAGAAACAAUUUCCUGUCGUACUUGGUUUAGAAAACACAACACUUGGCCCUGUUACCAAUUUUUCUGUACAUCGGGGUACUUUUUUCCAGAUUCUCCACACAGGUACUCAUCACUGGGUAUUGGUUUCAAAUAUUGACUGUCAGCCUGCUUCAGUCAAUUUAUAUGACAGUUUGUACAAUGGAAGAGUCAGUUCUUUAACAACAAAUUGCCAACCUACUCCAUGAGCCAUCACCAUCAAUUGCAAUCAACAUACCACAUGUCCACUAUCAAUCCAAUUACGUUGACUGUGGGGUGUUUGCAAUUGAAUUUCUUGUGUCAUUACUUUUUAACCAAGAUCCAACAACUUUGAUGUAUAAUGAAGGUUCCAUGCGAUCACACUUGUUGAGUUGUCUGAAAAAUAUGAGUUCACUCCUUUCCCUUCGACAAAGAAAAGGAAAAUUGAUGACAAGAGUCAAAUCCAAAGAAAAUUGAAAUUUUCACUGAUGUGCUACUGUCGAAUGCCAUGGAACCAGAAAGAUCUUGAAAACCCAGACCUAUGGUGUACUCAGUGUGACAAAUGCUUGGAGUGGUUCCACAAAAAGUGUUCACCAACAAUGCCAGAUUCAGUUUUCCACAAGACAAAUGUCACUUGGAAGUGUCCAAAAUGCAUAUAAUGAAUCAAAAGAAUAAAAUGCUUUAGAGGAAACUCAAAGUUGUAACUAUAGAAAGAAUUGUUAUAUUUUGUAUUCAAUUGUAAGAGUUUCUCUGGAUUUUUAUUAAUGAUUUAUUGAGCUUUUGACUUGGUGCUUCGCGCUUUUAUAUAUAUGUGCACGUACAUUCGUGUGUGCAUGCACACACAGAAAGUAACCACUUUAUCAAUAUUUCAAUGUUCAAGGCGACUAAUAGCAACUUUCCAUUUUUGAUCUAUAUACAAAUAUGUACAAAUAGCGACAGCAAAACUUUGUAGAUUUUAUUUUACAAAUAUGUAAUAUAUAUCUAAGAUGGUAAUUAGUUUCCUUAGUUACUUAGUUACCUUGAACAUUAAAAAUGUUACAUAUGUAAUGUAAAACGACUAUCACUGAUUUUCCCUUUAUACUACAUGAAUAUGUUGUUAACAAAUUGCCACUGGCACAUGCAAAGCAUAAAACACAAUUGGCAAGAUUAUAUUCUGUAAAAAAUAUGUCAAAAAUUUAGUACAUAAAGUGAUAUCAAACCAUCGUCUAACAAAAAACCAGGGAAAUGGAGAAUAAAAUGUCUAGAAUUUUCAAUGUUAUCUUACCUUUCUUGAUAAGUUGAUUUAGAUUUGUUUAUACUGUAGAACAAGUGAUGGAGAGCUUACAUAUAUAAUACCAGUGGGCAAAAUAAUUUCAAAAUAAAUUGUGCUUUAAUUUGCUUUAUGCUUUCAGGUUUCAACACAUUUAAAGUUAAAUAAAUGUGUAAUGGUGUAAAAUUUUUAAAUUCUAAACUGCUAUACAUUUCCAUUUUGUUGAUAACAAUAAUGAUUAAGAAUCACAGGAAACCA